AUGGCGCCAGAUCCGAAGCUUGAGCUUAGCCAGCACAUCCCCUGGAGCGAACCGGCUUGGUAUUCUUCGCUCCGGUCGCCCUACUACAACGACAGUCAUCGGCGACUACGGGAUAACAUACGACAAUAUAUAGACAAGAACGUCCUCCCCUACUCUUUCGAAUGGGAAGAAAAGGGAGAAGCGCCAGUGGAGGCUUCCAAGGCUUGGCUGCGGUCGGGAAUCGGUCUGGAUGACAUCCCCCUUCAAUAUCGGCCGGCCAACGUGCCCAACUUGUCGGGAUUGCCUCCAGGUCAACUUGACGCAUUUCACAUGCUCAUCAUUGCGGACGAGACUUCAAGAAUCGAAGGCGGUGUUGGAAUCGCGCUAGGGGGGGCGUCCUCCAUCGGCGCGCCGCCCAUCAUCCACUUUGGCACGGAGGAGCAAAAGUCCAAGUGGCUGCCCGGGCUCUUCACCAAGGAAACGAGCUUCUGUCUUGGAAUCACCGAGCCAAGCGGCGGAUCUGACGUUGCCCAGUUGAGAACCACUGCUGAAAAGACUUCUGAUGGCAAGUUCUAUAUUGUCAACGGCGUCAAGAAGUGGAUUACCGGGUCGCCUUGGGCCAGCCACAUGACGACGGCGGUGCGGACCGGCGGCGAAGGCGCGCAAGGAAUUUCAGUCCUCGUUAUACCGAUGAACUCGCCGGGAAUCACCGUCGACAAGAUCCAAAACAGCGGACAGAAUGCCGGAGGUGCUUCGUUUGUGGAUCUCGACAAUGUCAAGGUCCCCAUCGAGAACUUGAUCGGUGAAGAAAACAAGGGCUUCGCCAUCAUCAUGCGCAACUUCAACCGCGAGCGCUUUCUCCUCGCCGUCCAGUGUAAUCGCAAGAGUCGAACGUGCCUCACCGCAGCAUUCCAAUACGCCCUGCAGAGAGAAACCUUUGGCAAGCCUCUGAUGCAAUACCAGGUGAUCAGGAGGAAGCUUACCGAGGUGGCACACCGGGUCGAGGCCCAUUGGGCGUGGAUGGAGCAGUUAGCGUACCACAUCGGGACCUCGCCGCAGGGGUGGCAGAGUCCGGACGUCGCAGGUCGCCUGGCCCUCCUCAAGGUCCAAGGCGGCCAGAUGGUGGAACUGGCCGCUCGCGAAGCCCAGCAAAUCUUCGGCGGUGCUGGAUAUCAGAGGAGCGGGCCUGGAGCCACCGUGGAACAGAUUAGCCGCGACUUGCGGAUGCUGGUUGUUGGCGGAGGCAGCGAAGAAAUUAUGGCCGACUUGGCCUUGCGGCAGGAACUCAUGAUGGCCAAGGCCAAGCUUAAACUAUAA